CCUCCACCCCCCUCUCCGGACGCCCCCGCCCCGAGUUGUGAACGCGAUACGGAGCGGGCGGGUGCCUGCAUCAGAGAGCUCCCCUUGGCCCCCUCCGCGACCCCGGACCCCGCCCGAUGGGAUCGAGAGCGGGGGAGGGGUCCGGUACGACCAGGGGGCGAGGGGGGGCUAGGCAACCCCUGAUCGGGGGCACCGCCGGGGAUGAGUGAGUGAGUGAGUGACCCCCCCCCCACUCCAAGUCUCCAGCCUCGCCGCGUCUGAGCCCCGUGGCGGCGCCGUGAAUUUUACGACGCGCGCCGCAACGGCAUCCGCGGCCGCUUUUGUCUCUCCAAGCCUCGCUGCUGUUUUUACGCGGCUCAAGUCGCCGAGGCGUUUGGAGCCGAGCAGGAGGAGGAGGAGCGGUGACGUGGAGAUUCCCGCCCCGUUCCUCCUCCUCCCUCCUCGCUCCGUCCCGAAUCAAGAAAACAGCUGCAGCAGCAGCGGCGGCCGCUUUGAGUGCGAAUCGUGCGGCGGCGUCGCCUUUCCGUUUGUUUCUGGGAGAACCACCCCGAGCUGGGGAUCCUGGACGGCCCCGGCAGCGGCAGCAGCAGCAGCAGGAGCCCGGGGCCCAGGGCGUCCCUCCGCCUUCACCCCGGCUCCAUCCCGGACCUCGACUCUUUCGGCAGUCGCCCCUCGAGUCCGGCUUGCGCGGUGGCGUCGUCUCACCGCGUGGAUUUGUGUCUGGAGGAAAGCGACGCCGAGCCGACGACCCCGAGCGGCUCCGCCAGCAGCAGCAGCAGCGGCAGAAGCCGCGACUCCGCGCCGCCUCCUCCUCGUGCCGGUGGCGCGACUCGAGGCGCGGCGCGCACGGAGCCCGCGGGGCCGGAGGUGGCCGCCGCGAGGAUGGUGGGGCGGCUGAGUCUGCAGCCCGUGGCGGGGGAGCGCUUCGAGGCGGCCACGCGGCGCAGCCACGAGAGCCUCUUGCUCCUCGACAGCCCGGACUCGGGCCUCCCGCCCAGCCCCAGCCACCCGCUCGACUCCGCCACGGCCCCCCCACGCGCCGGCUCCGCCGCCGACGGGGGUCCCGCGGCGAUUGGCGCUCGGGGCUCCCCGUUCUACGCGCCCAACGCCACGGGGCCGCUGCAACAGCAGCAGCAGCAGCAUCGACUCCAGGAGCUCAAUGAGUACCAGCAGCAGCAGCAGCAGCUUCAGAAUGUCCACGGGCACCAGCAUCUGCAGGAUCAGCAUCACCAGCACGUUGACGAGGAGCAGCAGCACCAGCGGCACUACCGUCGGGCAGACACCGCGUCUCCUCCUCUCCUCUCCUCCGUCGAUGGCUUCGGGGACUUAGCGACGGCGCCGGCGCGCCGACCCGACUCGGGCUUCAUGGGGGGGGGGCCCAGCCCCAGCCCCCCUCUGCGGGGACCCCCCCGCCCAGGGGUACUCGGGGUCGCGGAGGAGCCGCGGAUCGGCGGCGGCGCCCCGGCGCGGGAUCCGCAACUCGGCCGCCUGUUGCCGUACGUGACGCUGUGUGGGGGGUUUGGGGGGCCUGGAGGAAGUGGGGCUCCCCGCCUGGUGCCCAGCGACUACAGCGAGGGGGUGUGCGUGCAGGCCGGACCCCGCGCCACCAGCACGCGGUGCUGCUCGGAGGUUCGCUUCGCGUGCGGGCGGCGCUACCGCGACGGCGUGGAGUGCGAGCCGGCGCUCGCCGUGGCCUCGUGCCGGCAGACGGUGGUGGCGCGGCCCAGCACCACGCGCCGCUCCUUCACCUCCGAGCUGUGCCUGGAGCCGCGGCAACGCGCGCAGCGCCACACCGCCACCGCCUUCGCCUUCCCCCGGCACGCGCGCCACCUCUUCCGCACCACCGUGACGAGCGGCGGUGGUGCCGCGGCGGUGGCAUCGGGAGCCUCGUCGGCGGCACCGGCGGCGCAGGGCGCCGGCACGCGGUACACGAGCUGCGUGCGACUCCAGAGCCUGGCGCCGCCCAGCGUGGGCAUCGUGUACCGAGAGGACGGGCGCGCCGGCACGUAGCGCGGUGCCAGACUUUGGCCGAUCAGCACCGGCUGACCGGACCUUGGUGUGGGAAGGCGCUGGUCCCUGGCGUCCGGCCGGCACUCGCGAAUCCCCCCGUUGUUUCGCGUCGGAGGUCGACUCGACUGGAUGCAGGAUGCCGCUGUGGGGCACGGCUGUGGGUGCCCACGUGACUCAGCUACGUCUCCAACCAGCCUCGGACUUGACAACCGGCGUGGCAUUGGUCUCAGAGGUUUUUUUUGUGAAUUUGAUUGCUUAUUAUUAUUUCCGCUUGUGAAAACCGCACCGGCUUUUCGUCUCGGUCGUAAAUCUGUCGGCAAAACGUCACGGGCAGCGGCACGAGUGGUGGCGGCGCGGGAGGUGGCGGCGUCCCCGUUCCGUGCCGUCUGGAGUUGCACGUUCCGGGUGUGCCCGGUGCGGGCGUGACGCCGCCCAGCCGGCGCUUCAUCUCUCGCUAAGGAUUUUCCGGGUCGCUGGUGGACUGGGGUAGGUGGCACGUGACCAGCAGGAGCCACGGUGCUAGCGAUAAGAGGCAUACUGGAUGCGGUGUGGUGUUGCCCAACCGGACAGACCUGACUGAAAUCAAUCCCUUGUCUCAACACCUGAUACUCCGGUAUUCUGGUUCCACAGUACACCAGGAUCUUGAUAACCAUGUUACCCACAGAACUCGCGCUCGCUGAAUUCCCACAACCCCAGCAGCGUGAGACCACGGAACCGCAAAACGGCGGCACGCUGGUACCCUGCCACCGCUACCACCCGCUACCAUCACACGGAUGGCUGCCCACCGCCCUGGCACACGUCACGACGAUUGUCGCCUGGACUUCUGCCGAGCCGACACCAGGAGCGGCGGCGGCGGCGGCGGCGGCGGCGUCCGUGCCGGAACGGGGAUCGCGGCGCCGGUGUCUGCAGAGAUGGCGCUGAGAUGGGGAGCGUGGCGGGGCGGCCAGGCCGUCACGGCCCCGGGGAGCCGCACAAAGACUUCGCUUCUGUGCGCCAGCGUGCGUGCGUGUGCACGCGCACUCGUGCAGACAAAGAUGCACACGCCCACACGUGCGCACGCAUGCAUUCACGUAUGAACGAGCACGUGUUCACGCGCACAUACCUACGCACGCACAUGUGAUACGUUAACACAGACCUGCGUACGUUCACUCGUGUACGUGCGCAUGGCGAUCGUGGUUUUAAUGGCAAAGUUCCUUGUCAUGAACCCUCCCCCCCAUCCGACGAGAUUGUCCCAUUUACAAAGACAUCAUUCAUACACGUGCCAAUCAAUGUACUGCGGUCAAAUUCUGACCGAUACAGCUCUAGCUCCUCACCGCUGGCUUGAGACUCGUCACGGCUGAAUUCAAGUAACAAUAUACAUAACUUUGUAAGCGUGACAAUCUGGUCGGGUGGUGGUUCGUGACUGACGAAUAAUGUUGGCAUAAAAACGACCACCAAAAACAAACGUGGAUCAAAGUGGAAGCAGAAGAUGUCAUGAGUCACGGCGAGACGACGCUUGUGCCGAGGAGACCGCCUGAAGUCUGCACUGCCCACACUGCUCGUACGUCAUCAUCAUCAUCUAUUACUUGAGUCAUCACGCCUCACGCAACUACAACGCAAGUUCAGAAUCAGCGUCAGAACUGAGAAGCACGCUUUAAAGGCCUUUUCAUAUUCACAAAAGGCCUUUCCAAGACAACCAACGCCAUCAUACUCACUGCAGGGUGAUGUUAGCCAAGCGUCGCUAUGGGGACGGGCGUCGCUACGGGGACGGGCGUCGCUACGGGGACGGGCGUCGCUAUGGGGACGGGCGUCGCUAUGGGGACGGGCGUCGCUACGGUGAGGGGCGUCGCUACGGUGAGGGGCGUCGCUAUGCGGACGGACGUCGCUAUGGGAACGGGCGUCGCUAUGGGAACGGCCGUCGCUACGGUGACGGGUGGUGAUGGAGGCAGCGGCGCGAGGGCGGUGUCCGCCAUCGCCGCGUGACGAUGUCAAACGCGACAAUUCACGCGGUGACGACAAUAACAAUCGUUAAAAUAAACUAUUCUGAGAAAUAAAGAAACAGUUGAAGCGCUG